AAUGAACAGAGAGUCCACAUCUAGAAGGAUGUGUUCGGGAAUAAGACAACUGCUGCUCUUACAUUUGUUCCUCAUGGAGAUUCUUUAUACUAAAGGGACCAAAACGGAUUGCGAAACCGGCCAGUUUAAGUGCAAAAACGGCAGGUGCAUUCCCACUCCGUGGCGAUGCGACGACGACGACGACUGCUCCGAUAACAGCGACGAGGACAACUGUCCGAAGAAGACCUGUGCUUCGACCGACUUCGCCUGUAAGAACGGCCAAUGCGUGCCAGCACGCUGGAGGUGUGAUGGAGAGCCUGAGUGUUCUGAUGGAUCUGACGAGGCCGAUUUCACCUGCAGUAGGCAGACCUGUCCACCUGAGAAGUUUGACUGCGGUGGUACCACAAACAAGUGCGUGUCACUGUCCUGGCGCUGUGAUGGAGAGACGGACUGUGAAAACGGAGCCGACGAGGACCAGUGUGCUGCCGAUGCCAAGGCGUGUCCGCCCAAGGAGUUCCAGUGCCGCAGCGGCUUGUGCGUGGCGCCCACCUUCGUGUGCGAUGGUGACGAUGACUGCGGUGAUGGCAGCGAUGAGGAGAAGUGCGCAGCGGGCAUGGCCAUCACAUGCGGCCCGCACGAGUUCCACUGCGGCGGUGGAGGGGAGUGCGUGCCGAAGCUGUGGACAUGCGAUGGAGACCCAGACUGUGGCGAUGGCUCAGACGAGGCCCCGGCACACUGCAGCCACCGGGCUGAACCGCCCCGGCCCCGCUGUCCCGCUGGAGAGUUCCAGUGCACUAGUGGCGAGUGCGUGCACCUGAACUGGAAGUGCGAUGGGGAUGCCGACUGCAAGGACAAAUCGGACGAGGCGAAUUGCCCUUUGUUGACCUGCAGGCCAGACGAGUUCCAGUGUGGGGAUGGCUCCUGCAUUCAUGGCACUAAGCAAUGUAACCACGUGCAUGACUGCCCUGACUUCAGUGACGAGGCAGGCUGCAUCAACAAGACUGGUAAAUGUGAAGGACCACAUAAGUUUCUUUGUAAGAGCGGGGAAUGUAUUGACACUAACAAGGUGUGUGACAACAUCCGAGACUGCAAGGACUGGUCUGAUGAGCCGAUGAAGGAGUGUGGCCUAAACGAAUGUGUCAACAGCAAUGGCGGCUGUUCUCACAUGUGCAGGGACCGGCGGAUAGGCUACGAGUGUGAAUGCCCUUCAGGCUAUAAGCUGCUGGAUAAGAAGACUUGUGCAGACAUAGAUGAGUGUGAGAACCCGGACGUAUGCAGUCAGAUCUGUAUCAACUACAAAGGCGACUACAAGUGCGAAUGCUAUGAGGGCUAUGAGAUGGAUCCUGUCACCAAGACCUGCAAGGCUGUGGGUUCCAGCCCGUACCUGAUGUUCACCAACCGCCAUGAGAUACGCAGGCUGGACCUGGUGAAGAGGGACUACACCCAAGUAGUGCCUACCCUGAAAAACGCAGUCGCACUGGACGUGGAUGUCACCACCAACAAGAUGUACUGGUGUGACCUCUUUCAUCGCAAGAUCUUCAGUGCGUAUAUCAACAAAGCCAGUAAUGCAUCUGAACAGAUCACACUCAUUGAAUCUGCACUACAUUCCCCAGAAGGCAUAGCUGUGGAUUGGGUUCAUAAAAACAUCUACUGGACUGACUCUGGACAUAAGACUAUUUCUGUCGCUACUAAUGAUGGCAAGAAGAGAAAAAUCUUGAUUGACACUGAACUAAGUGAACCACGUGCGAUUGCUGUUGAUCCCAGACAAGGGUUUAUGUACUGGUCAGACUGGGGUACCCAGGCUAAGAUCGAGAAGGCAGGGUUGAACGGGGUGGACCGGCAGUUGCUGGUCUCUGAGCGCAUCGAGUGGCCCAAUGGAAUUACACUAGAUUUAUCUAGCAGACGUCUGUACUGGGUGGACUCUAAACUCCACCUUAUCUCCAGCGUGGACUUGAAUGGAGAUGACCGCAGAGUUCUGCUCUCCUCUGUGAACCAUUUAGGCCAUCCAUUUGCCCUAACCCUGUUUGAGGACCGAGUUUACUGGACAGACCUGGAGGAUGAGGCCAUAUACAGCGUGGACCGCCUGACCGGCCAUGAUGUGGCUCUGCUGGCACAGCACCUCAACAACCCGCUGGAUGUGGUGGUGUUCCAUGAACUGCGCCAGCCCAAAGCUCCAGACAGUUGUAACAUGGGGAGUCUUCCCAAUGGAGGCUGUGAGUACCUGUGCCUCAAAGCCCCACAGAUCACCGAGCACUCGCCCAAGUACACGUGCGCCUGCCCCGAUGGUGGCGAGCUGGGCCCGGACAUGCGCCGCUGCGUGGCAGUGGAAAAACCCAAGACUACAACUGCCCCACCUUCCAUAACUACCACCACAGAACCUGCAACUACCACUCGAGCCUCUGCAGCUACCACCAGUACUACCAUCUACUACUACUCUACUACUCCAACUCCAACCAUGUCUUCGGCCACUCCUGCUCGUACAGGCACACACAGUACCACACCUCCAGCUCCAUCAACCUCAACAUCUUCCUCCACCACCUAUUCACCCACAGACUCAUCCUCCACAGUGAGCACCACACACACCAGCACCACGCUACCGUGGCAAUGGCCAGCCUCCACCGGGAGAGUUGCAGCUGGCAGCAGCCAGACAUUUGGCCUUAGCACCAUCUCCCCAGCCAACAGGGAACACGGCGAGAACACCAACCUCUCACACCGUGCUGCAAGUGAUCGCUUCCUCCUGGGUAACAACAUCACAGUGGCCGUCCUGGGCAUUGUCAUCCCUAUAGUUCCUAUCAUUGCCACAGUGGUCGUGGGCCUGCUGUGUACUGGAGGCUACCUGGUCUGGCGAAACUGGCGCCGGCGAAACACCAAGAGUAUGAACUUCGACAACCCCGUGUACCGCAAGACCACAGAGGACGACGACGACGACGAGAUCCACAUCGGCCGCAGUGAGCAGAUCGGCCACGUCUACCCAGCCGUGAGUGGCAGCGCCCGGCAGCCGUUCCUCACCCUUCCCCUAGGGGGCGCCAUCACUGACCCGGCGGCCCACUGGUACUCGGGGGCACCCAUGUUGUCAAGCAUGAAGUGAGGGAGGUGGAGUGGUAUGAGUUGACUGAGACCGAGGCCGCACAAAACACGCCUACGCUCUCACUGGUCUUAGGAGGGCAGGCGAAGCUGCAGCACCAAACACGCAUGUUCUCGUGUUACACAUAACACACACAGACACACACACAUAUACACACACACACACACACAUACACACAUUAAUUUGUGUGCACAUGCUGGAUCCAUCCUUCAUCCAUUAUCGCUCACAAUACUUUCUGUUCACAAUUCACAGCUUAUAUUUCCAUUCAUAUGUCAUUCAUUAAGUGUAUCGGAUGUCUCCUUGAGCUUCCCUGCACUGCAUUUGGUUUCUGGUUGUCGUGUGCGUUUUAGGUUUCUAUUUCUUGUUGGAUAUUUGAAAGCUCUCACUGUUCUUCACUGGGUGUGUUUAUGACUAAUGAGCACCUUAGAUGGCUGGACAAUCCUUUUGAGAAAACAUGUUUUUUUGUUUGAUUCUUUGUGUAGAUGUUGUUGUAUAUAUAUUUGGGUGUUAUGAUUUAUUCAUGUAUAUUUUGCUAGUGUCUUAGUAAUCACGAGCCCAAUUUGAACUUUGUGAAUCUGAAGAAAAUGCAGACAAAGAGGAGCACCAAGCUAACAUUUCAAGUGUAGGCCCUAAGGAUUAAUCCUAGAUGACCGCUCGCUCUGAAUAUUCAUAGGAUCAUUGCUGGUAAACCCAUAGGAGAGAGUGGCAUGAGCUGGACUCAUAUGAGCUACCUGCUCAUAUCCAGCACUGCCUUGUCAUAUUAAGCGCAGCUGGUACAGGCUGCGAGAUGAAUGAGUGGAUGCUCAUCUCCAUCUCUGGGAUGCUGCUCAUCUCAUUGGACCCCUGCAAGACACGGGCUGAAAUCGAUCCAGUUGGCAAGGCGCUGCUACUUCAGUGGUGAGAUUGGCAGGUCUCCAGUGAGGCCUUUGCUCUACAGAGGAGCAUUUGGGUGGGAUCACAUGCAAAUGCCCAGGAAAGAGAGGGAAUUCUAGGCAGAGUUUGAGCUAUACGCUCCUCUGGCCUGUUUAUGUUCUUCAGUCACAGUUGGUGGCUCCAAACCUAGAUAGAGCUGUCAGUGGGUGCUAGGUGGGAGGGUGUUGUCCCAGUGGCUGAAACAGAUCAGAUACAGUAUUUUUCUCUGCACAGCCUGUCACAGAGAGAGAUCUGCAUAGGAUUUUUUUGUGUUCCUGACUUGUCUUCCCAUUGGUUUGUUCCAACGCGUGCAUGCAUGCAUGCAUGCACGCACACACACACAUACAUCUCUUUCUCUCUCUCACUCGCUCUCAC